CAAAUUCAGAAGAUUUUUUCUGUGGCCGCAUGUAUAUUUAUUAUAGCCCAGCAUUUGCAUGUUUUAAAUAAUAUAUUUAACGGGAAGGAGUGAUCUUUGCAGUUGAAUAGUGUCGGUCAACGGAGUAUCAGUGGGAGGGUGGAUUAGUGAUUGUUUAUAUAAAUCAUACAUGGUUUUAAUGAACCAUUAAGGAACAGUUUUUGGUGCGGUAUGAUGCAUAAAUUAAAAAGUCAUAACUGGGGAUUAAGAUUCUGAAUAUGUUUAAUGGACAUAGUUGAAAGGACCAAAUUAUUCCAUUGCGGUUAGUGUUCUUUAGAUAAUUAAAAAUGAAUUCCGCGCCAUCAACGUCAGAUAUGACGCCACAACGAAAGCGUGUUGGUAGGCCUCCUAAAGCAACGCAGCUGAAGCAAACGGCUAACACUAUGCCACCAUCACAAGAAGAGAGUGCACAAACGUCUAACCAAUCGAACGAUACAGAAAAGUUUACGAGUCGAGGUGAAAAUGAUAGUAUUAUGGAAGUUGAGGGCAGUUUCGUGGCUAUAUCUCCACCGCCGCCCAAUGUACCGACAGAUAAGAUUAAUCCUCGUAUGACUUCAACACCAUCAAGUAGCAACGAAUGUAGGCGAAGUUCACGUAAGAAGAUCAUAAAAUUUGACGUAAGAGAUUUAUUAAACAAACAUCGAAAGCCACAUAAAAUCCAAAUAGAAGCACGCAUAGAUUCAAACGCUCCGCAAACCCAAACAACUACAUCGUUACCCUCAUUUAGCUCUGGUAGUAAUACAAGCAGCUCAAUUCCAGCUUCAAGCUCUGAUUUAAGUAGUAAACAGAAAGCAUUUAUGGAGAAAUCCGCAAUAUUUCGUCGCAUAUCAAUAUCAGAACAACAUAAUAAAAUAAAUGCGCCAAUACUUCCACCACCCUUAUCGUCCAUACCGAAAAUUGGUGUUUUAGGUAAAAACACAAUCAAUUUGAAGAGUAAUGUGGAUGCUAUGACUACAAUAGAUCCAGCGAAAAUAGCACAAGCAAGACGGUUGAGUCGUACCCAGGAAAUAUUUAAUGCCAGCCUGAUAAAAUCAAAGCAAAAUUCCAGCCUAAUAAUAGCGCAAAUUGAAAGUAAUACUUCUAGUUCCAGCAGUGGGUUCAUGCUCCCAACAGUUGUGACAUCACAACAGCAGAAAAAGUCAACAAAUAUAUCCAACAAACGUAAAAAUCUUUCAAAUUCAUUUAUUUCGCCUACUGCAGUAGUUGAUCCAAAGCCUGCGUCAAUAGAAUCUGGCACACAAAAGCGCCGAGGUCGUCCGCCGAAAAAUAAAAAUACUGUAGCUCAAAGCCCUGUACCAAAAUCAAACCUGAAGACGGAGCUUCAUAUAACUCCACAAGGUAAAAAAGCAGACGAGCAGCAACAAUAUUCUGUCGAAAAUAAAGAAAAGCAAGAUGUCGCCAGUAAAGAAGCUUCUCAAAAUGCUACAAAUUGGACAGAGUACAAAGCAAAUUUAAAAUGUGCUGAAAGCGUUGAAACCCCUGUUGGGCAAAAUCCUGUAUCAAACGAAAGGACUUCUGUACAGCAUGAAGAUGUCAUUUUAGAAAUAUCAUCUACUUCUUCUAUAUCUGAUCAUGAAUAUCAGGCUAAAACAGUGCAUCCUCCAACGGAUGUACAUGAGUCACAACAAAGAAACUUCGCCUCCGUAUGCAUUUGGCAAGAUAGCCAAAGUAUUUGUGAAACUACAUCCGCACCAGAAUUCAUUGUGGCCGCUGUUGAAGAGAUAACAUCGGAAAGUUCACCAGCUGAUAAAUCUAUUUCCUUGCUAGCUGAAAGUGAAACAUGUUCACAAAAAACGGUUGAUACGUUAACGGAAUGUGAUCAAAGUAUUACAAUUGAUUUGGAUUCGAAUAAAGAAAUCGAAGCAGAGUCAGAUUCUCUCUCGGAAAUGACAUUUGGCAUGUCCGGCACAAGUCGCAAAUCGAGCGGUUCAGAAUCAGAGGGCAGUUCAGAUCGUAGUAACAAAAGCUAUAAAAAGGGCGAUAAGUUGCGUGUAUCUUUGAAACGCUUAACGUUGCCACCGAGUACCAUCACUUCUACUAUUUCGUUAUCAUCGGCAUCUAACAGCUGUAGUGACGUCAUUGCUGGUAGCGACAACAGCAAUACAAAUAACAGCAGUCGCGGAAGUAGCUGUACCGCUAACACUACAGAGUUAAGUACCGUAACAACAAGUAAAAACUUACCGCCAAGACGAUCUCAUAGGUUCCCCAAAAAAAGUGACAACACAGUUAUAGUGGGAGAACCCAAAAGUAAAGCAGAAGUCUCAUUGAAUGAGAUUUUAGAUACUGAAGAUCUAAUGAUGACAGUUGGUGUAGAGGAGAAAACAGGUAAACUGCCAAGAGAGAGAGUAACUCCAACUACCGUUAAAACGGAUAAAGACUUCGAGCAAUCGAAUGAAGAAAGUAAAUAUAGUGCAGUUACAACAAUUGAAAACGUUAGUGCCGAUUUGGUUACUUCGCAGCAAGUUGAGGCAGCACCCGUUGCAAUUGCUGUCGUGGAGCUCUCUUCUGAACAAAUAACUGAGAUUCCACAAAAAUCAAGCAGCAUUGCACUAGAUGCUGUAGAUAACAAACAUGAGCUUGGAGAGCAUGAUAGAAACGUUAGUGAAGAGUCACCUUCUGUUUCGUGCGAAACAAAAAAAGAACCUAUCACUUUGCCACUUAAAAAACAGGUGAGCAAGUUUAAAAUGUAUGAAGCGGCAGUGCAUAAUGUGGCGGCAAAUGUCGCGACUAGUACCUUGUUGGAUAUCUUAAAUACCGUUAAGCAGAAUGAUUUAACAAUGGGAGCGAAGGCAUUCCAGCAAUUGCCGUUGCCCGCAGUUAAGGAUGACACAUCCUCGGAGAUUAUAGCGCCUAUAGUAGGGGAAGAAAACAUGCCAACUACUGAAGCCGAGAAAAACCUUGAAGCUGGCACGUCAGAUAAGAGUGUUACGACAAUUAAUUUGGAAGAAUCACAAGCAACCGACCAAGAUAGUUCUAUAGAGACUAAUAAGCAGCCAUCAAAAUGUGUUCAUAUAGCUAAAAGUAGAGAUGAAGGAGAAUCUAUAAAAACGUUCACUUGGGAAAACCAUGCGCACGAUGAGUCCGAUCAACGCAUGGACUUACCUACUGAAACAUGUGAAAUAUCCGAAACAGUCACGGAUUGCGACUUUACACCACUGCCAGAAGAAGAGGUCGUAAUUCAAACUACUUUCGCUGAACAGUCUGUUGAAGGCAAGGAAAGUUCCAUUGAUGAAGCUACUAGCUCUCAAAACCCGGUAGCAGAAGUACGUAAAAAUAUUUUGAAAAAAGCGUCCCGGCAAAUACCUGCCAAUGUUGUUAAUGAGAGCACAAUGAACAUUUCCAAUAAUUUGGAUACGUCAGCGAAAUCGGAAAAAUGGGAUAUUAUCACCACUAAACAUACGGCAGAUAAUGUGUUGGAUGAAAGUAGUUCGGAGGACAUAAAUUCGGCAACGGACUCACAAUCUUCACGUGACGAAAUGAAUGGAAGCAGUGCUACGAAGACACCAUCUCCAACACUUUCGGAAAGUUCCAAUGGAAAGCCGUCAAAGCAACCAACACGCCGAAAUGAGAGACGUUCAAAACGUGGAGAUAAGUCUGGUCAUAAAACUUUAGAAGAGACAUUCGCUGAAAUAGCAGCUGCGAGUUCAAAGGCAGUUUUGAAGUUAAAGGCGCAGGAAGUUGACGCAGAUACACCAAACGUGUAUAAUGAAGAGGAGAUUUCUAAAUCUGUUAAUGCUAUGGAAAAGUCAGUCGAUGCAAAGGAUGAUUCUUCUGCGAGCGUUGAGCUAAGCCAUACACCUAUUAGUUUAACUGUUAAUGCUAUGGAAAAGUCAGUCGAUGCAAAGGAUGAUUCUUCUGCGAGCGUUGAGCUAAGCCAUACACCUAUUAAUUUAACUGAGCCUAAUAAUCUAGACGAAGAUGAAGUGCCGAAUGUACAAAAUACUAUAGAAAUUACGAUCGAGGAAACAACAACAGAUAUAAAUACGAAGGUUCGCGACGUGUCAAAAGCUGUAAUACUAUCCGAAGAUAUUGAUAGUAAUUCAAAUCACUCGUCGCCUUCACGAUGCGGGCGAAAGGCGAGGAAUAAAAAAGUAAAUCAUAAGCCAUCUACGAGCACUUCUCCUAUUACUGCAGAGUCUUCUAGUGAAAAUAAACAGAAAGUCUCCGAAAUGAAUCCGGUUGAUGAGACUAUUACUGUCAAUACGAAUACGACCGCCGAUGGUAGCUUAGAAAUAUCACAACAAAAUUUGCACACAUCAGUUAUUGAAUUGAACGUAAAAAAUACCAAUACUGAUGAUCAGAUUAUCACUGACACAUUGGAGAAAGGGACGGCCAAUGCAUCAUGCCAAGAAAAACUUUUGGAAUCAGAAAAAUGUGAUUCUCCAACGACAACGGCGGAACUUUCAACUGAAGUGGGUCAAGUGAUGAGUACUACAGGCGACGAAACGUCAAGUAUAUCCAAUAAUACAACACCUGAUUUAAGUGGCCAAAAUUUAGAAGAAAAUAAUGACAAAAACAAACUAUUUACAUCAAAAACUCGAAAACAUAAAAAAGCUUUGACUUCGGCUAUUGAAACAGUCGAGCGCGUUGAUCUUGAAGUAGAGAGUGUUGAGACGCAAAGAGAGUGCGGUCAAAUCGAUAUCAUCAAACCCGAAGAACGGAUUCAACAGCACGAAGAAAAGAUUGUAGAAUCACCCAAAGAGUUGUUACCAAAUAAAUUAGAAAAGUUAGAUCAAAGUGGGUCGCCACCAUCGUUAAAAGAGAACUCAAUCGUUGACUCUAAAAUAAAUUCGGUUACUAGUAGCGACUUAACGGCAGAGAAAGUGGACUGUCAGCUUCCAGAAUCAGAAUCAGAUACACUAGUCGAUAAGUCUAAAAAAAUUCGAAAGCGAAGAGGUAAUAAACAGUCUGAUGAGAAAUCGAACGAAUUGGAGACUAAGGGUCAAGGUAAAUCAGAAGAUCAGGAAACUGCGGAGACUAAAGAAAAAAGUGGUGACACCGAAGAUGCCGAUGAAAAAAUACGAAAGCCUCGAAAGGGAAAGUCAACAAACGAUGCGACAAAUGACCUGCAGAUCGAUACGCCGGUCACAGUUCCAAACGCAGCUGAAUUAUUGGAAAGAGAAUUGGCCAAAGCGCCGCCUAAAAAACGGCUGCUUAAAAUGCAGAUGGAGUUGGAAGAGAAGAGUUGCGCCUCACAUUCAGAAAUUCCAACCACCAGCCAGACUAGUGCUGAACAAAAAACGUCUUCAUUCAAAAAGUCAGCAAGCAAUUCCAGUAAAGCCAAAGAAUCUACACAGAAAAAAUCGAAGAAAGAUGCGCAAUCGUCUGAUCAAAUGAAAAAAGGAGAAAGUCUCGAAAGUCAAAUUGAAUCUUCGCUUGAUGAGGAAAGCCGUUCAGCGACAUCUACACCAGUGGCGAAACGUUUCAAAAAGCAAAUGGCUUCAGAGAAAACCCCAGAGGAUAAAACAAGCGGUAAAAGGAAGUCCAAGAUGGAUCAAAACAUUAGUAGUGAUAAGAGUGAAAUUAAAGAUAGGGAAAGGAAAGGAUCUGUAUCAAAGAAAUCGGAAAAGAAGCAAUUUUUGGCCAUCGAAGACACUACUAGUAAUGAGUUAGCUAAGAAAAUGGAGGAGAGAAGUGCGAAGAAAAAAAGGCAGAAGAAAUUGAAAGAAGAUUUCGAAGCAGCACUAAAGGAUGCGCUCACAAAAACAACAGUCCCAGCUGAAUCUACUAAAGAAAGUGCCAAUCCUUUCGAAAACAUAGUUCCGAUGCUGGAAGAAAGUAAAUUACAAGACAGUGUUGCCGCUGCAACAGUUUGUGCAACUGGAGUUGAAGAAAAGAAGACUACUGUAGAGGAGGAUCAAAUCACCACCACUACUGAAGCUACGGUAAACAAUGAGCUUGAGGAAGAACCAGAUCCGUUGAAGGACAUUGAGAAAUUCAUUGAAGAUGGCGUCAACUUGCUCAAACGUGGGUAUAAGAUUGAUGAUGACAGUGUAGAUGAAGUUAUUUGUCCGAAAACACAUCUCCAAAAAGAAGAAUAUAAAUCGGAUGUUGCGGAAAAUGAAGAAAAUGAUGAAAAGCCAUCUAGAGCGGUGCUGGAAGGCAUGACGACGCCUAAUGAAAGCAUAUCUGGCGACAUAACGCCGGUUGACAAAUCCUUCGAAGAAGUUUCGAACACACUCCCUCAAAAUAUUUAUUACGAUACCCCGGCAGAUACACCAGUAGCAACGCCAACAACCACACCUCCACCAAAAAGUCCUAUUCAUGAUCAAGCAAUUGACGAAAUAACCGGAGUUCGGCGUUCUCAUCGCAUCAAACAGAUAACAAAAAUGCCAAAGGCGCUUGUAGGUCGUGGGUUGGUGCGCGAAAAAGAGCGGUUCUCAAUUAAAGAUGAUGUUGAAAUGAAAACUCACUAUAGUUUGGAUGAUCAUCUGACGGAUUUGGCGCAAGUGGAGGCAAAGAAUGCCAAGUUCCUAAAAGAAAUGGAAGAACGUCUGAGUAACUUCCAUGUCAUUAAAGAGAAUGAGUACAAAUGUGAACGUGUCGUGAGUAGAGAAGCGCGCAAGAUGUUGUGUGAUUGUUUCUUGACAGCCGAAGAGGAAGAGCGUGGUGAGUUGGGCUGUGGUGAAGAUUGCUUGAAUCGUUUAUUGAUGAUCGAAUGUGGACCCGAUUGUAAUGUGAAAGUUCGCUGUACAAAUAAACGCUUUCAGAAACUGCUCUGUUCACCAUGCCGAGUCUUUCGAACGGAAAAGAAGGGCUUCGGUAUAAUGGCUGACAUUGAGAUUUUACCUGGUGAAUUCAUUAUGGAAUACGUUGGAGAGGUAAUCGAUGGCGAUGAAUUUGAGCAGCGCCGUACUGCAUACUCGUUGGACAAAAACCGUCACUAUUACUUUAUGGCAUUACGAAGCGAUGCCAUAAUCGAUGCCACAAUUAAGGGAAACAUUUCACGCUUCAUUAAUCAUUCCUGCGAUCCCAAUGCGGAAACUCAAAAGUGGACUGUAAAUGGUGAACUACGAAUUGGGUUCUUCAGUCGUAAGUCCAUUAUGCCAGGUGAAGAAAUUACGUUCGACUACCAGUAUCAACGUUACGGCAGGGAGGCACAACGUUGUUAUUGCGAGUCGGCUAACUGUCGUGGUUGGAUAGGUGAAGAACCCAAUUCGGAUGAGGGUGAACAAAUCGAUGACGACAACGAUGCGGAUAAUUCGGCAGAAGGUAGCGAUGAUGAGGACAGUGAUGAUAGCACAGCUGAUGGCGAAGAUGCACAUAAGAAACUAGAUGCAUCAGGCAAAUCACUGAUAAGCUCAGAGGAUGGUAAAAUAAAGUUGGAUGAAAAAUCGGAUAGCGCGGGUAAGGACAAGAAGAAAAAAGUGGGUGAAGAUGCAGACGCUAAGCUGAAAAAGCUCGCGGGCAAAUCUGCUGAUAAAGCAGCGCGAAAAAAGAAACCCAGUAAAGAAAAGAAAGAUAAGAGACUACGUAAAUCUGCUACUGGUGAGCAGUCGAAAACAUCGCGUUAUUUGGAAGAUCCGGAUAUCGAAGACGAGGUUAAAUUCCUUAGUCGUGGCGGGCUGAGAAACCAGUCGGACACGCUGCGGUUUUCACGUUUGGUCGUACGCGCCAAAUUACCGCAAACUCGUCUCAAUCUACUGAAAAUUCUCCGCAAUGCCGAUUUGCCCUGUCGCCGACUGUUCUUGGACUAUCAUGGACUGCGUUUGUUGCAUGGGUGGAUGAGCGAAGACGGUGGUGAUAUGGCGAUUCGCUUGUCCCUGCUAGAGGCGCUGGAGAGUUUGCCAAUAGCAAACAAGACUGUACUCACUGACAGUAAGGUCUAUCAGAGCGUACGAAAUUGGUGUGGCAAUGCGUUGUCCACCAGCAGCAUGCCGACUGGCAAUGCAUCUUCUCCAAGCGAUGAGUCGUCGAAAGAAAGCACAAGUAGUAAUUCACAUACGGAAUUAGCUAGCGGACAGGAGGUACCUUCGGAAUUGCAGAAGUUAGCUGUGAAACUAACCACUGCAUGGAAUAGUUUGCCAGAAAUUUUCCGCAUACCGAAACGUGAACGUAUCGAACAAAUGAAAGAGCACGAACGGGAGGCAGAUCGACAGUUUGCCGAAGCUUCCGUCGACAGUAAUCGUUCUGUUCUAAGUGAUCGUUAUCAGCGCGAUCGUUUCGGACGCGGCCCAACCACUUCUCGUUUUUCCAAACCAAGUUUCAGUAAAGACAAUCGCAACAAUAAUAUAACCGUUGUAGGCUCAAUGCCAGGCGGAGAUCCACGUCGACGUUCGGCGAACGAUCACCAUGAUGGUAUAAAGCAUUUGUCAAAGGCACAGAGACGAGAGAUGUUUGCUGCAAAGGUGGCACGCGAUGAAGCCGAAAAGCGGUUGGCUGAAGAGCGUAGAGAAUUCGAAACAAAAUGUCGUUUCUUUGGCUUGGACCCCAAGAAGACACGCUCGCAAGAUGUUCCUUUCUGCGUAGACCCUUCAACAGGUCAAUGGUAUUCUAUUGCCCGCCAACCUAUUCCCACUCCACCUUGCUACGCACACGUGCAGGUGCAGCCAAAAUCCAAAUCUACCGAUCCUGAAGAUUACAAGUUACCUGCAGUUGUUGCUACCUUGCCGCGCCAAUGGAAAUACGCCAUUACAAACUUGGGCCAAAUUUAUUACUACCAUACUAAGCAAAAAAUAUCGCAAUGGCACCCGCCAACGCUUGAACAAUUGCAGGCUGCAGCCGAAGAAGGCGACAGUUCGGACAGCGAGUCCUGUGAGGAAGCUAAACAGGCAAAUGAGAGCAGCGAGGAUGAUGACGUACUCUUAGGAAUGGAUGAGGCGCAACUCAAAGCUUUCAUCGAUAAGAAGGUAGAAAAUCGUAGGCAUAAGCGUUACGGUCGUUUGGUGGAUGAGCGUCCGAUUAGUCCCCGAAAGGAGGAGGAUCGCAUCUACAAUCAAAUAGAGAUGCGCAAAUACAAAGAAAAUAAAGAGAAAAUACGCAAACGUAAGGAAGAAAUACGGCGCAAACGCGCUGAAGCACUCAAAGCCGCAGCUAUCGGUGGCGUAAAUCCCAACAUCGUUGCAGACAGCUUAAAUAUCGACGCAACGAAAUCCAAAACUGCCGAAGACUCCGAUGAACCGGAUGGCGUAAUACCCAUACAAGACUAUUUGCUCUCAUCGGAUGAGGAGGAGAUUAUGAAGGAGGAAUGCAACAACAGCCCACUCUUGGACAAAAUUGUGCAAGGCGAUAAGAUUGUCGACGAAUUGGAUGCGCUCACAACAAAACGUGCGCUCAAGCGCACAUUACCGCCCCAUCGAGAACCUAGCGCACAGGCAGGCCAGAGUAAUGUCAGUGGUAGUAGUGGCGGUAGCAGCGGUGGCAGUGAGCAUAAGCGACGAAAAUCGGAUAAGAAAGAUAAAAGCAAAAAGAGCAAAGACUCGGAUUCCAAGUAUCGUCGCACUAAGGAAAAGUUCCGCUGUGAAAUAGCUGGUAUAAUUGUGCAACACUUAAAGCCAUAUCGCAAGGAAUCGUGCACGCUCGCUCGUAUUCAGAGUGAUGAAGAUUUCAAUCAUCUCGCGCGAAAGCUCACACAUUUUGUUAUGGUUAAAGAGUUGAAAUACUGCGAGUCUGUUGGUCAGACAUUGGUCGUAACCGAAUCUGUUAAGAAUAAGUCCCGCGAAUUCAUUAAAAAGUACAUGGCGAAGUAUGGCGGCAUGUAUGUGAAACCCGCCAAUGAUCCGGAAUUUAAGGAGAUUCCAUUUACUAUUUAAACCUAUUUAUAAAUUUUCUUCUGAGAAGCUAAUUUCUGAAUUCGAUGAACAGCAAUGGAUUUUCGCUGACUUAACAUUUGUAUUAAGUUUCAUUUGGUGGCGUACAUUCUUUUGUAACAUCAUAGCGUUAACAAUUGAGACGUUACCAUUUUUUAUAUGCAAAAUUUGGUUUUUGUCGAGUUUUGCAAUGCUUAAUUCUUAUUUGUACAUAUAUUGUUGAAAAUUGCACGGCUAAUCAUAUUUGCUGUUCCAAUGGGAGACUUCGAAAUAUUUAAAUAAUUUUUUAUUAUUAUUGUAAUGCUUAGUAAUGUUUUUUUAGUUUUAAACCAAUAUGUACAUGUAUUCCCCUUUUACUACGUGUAAAUUGUGGUGUAUUUUUUAGAGAAUACGAAUAUAUUAUUUCCCCGCUGUAAUUACAUUUUAUGAGCUAAACUAAACGCAUAUGCAAUUAUGUAAAAGUUGCUGCACAAAUACGCGACUGCAACUGUAGAUUCAAUAAAUAAAAGUGAAAUGAACAAUUCAA